CAGGACUAGUGUUGCCCAGAACCCACCUCACCGCAAGCCUGGGAGACCGGGGCUGCCACAGAAGGGGAUGCAGCUUUUCGUGAUCGACAAUGGUGCGGACGAUUGGCGGAUAGCCAUGACCUACGAGCGCAUUCUGUACAUCAGCCUGGAGAUGCUCGUGUGCGCCAUCCACCCCAUCCCCGGCGAGUACAAGUUCUUCUGGACGGCGCGCCUGGCCUUCUCCUACACGCCGUCGCGCGCGGAGGCGGACGUGGACAUCAUCCUGUCCAUCCCCAUGUUCCUGCGCCUGUACCUGAUCGCGCGUGUCAUGCUGCUGCACAGCAAGCUCUUCACCGACGCCUCGUCCCGCAGCAUCGGCGCGCUCAACAAGAUCAACUUCAACACGCGCUUCGUCAUGAAGACGCUCAUGACCAUCUGCCCCGGCACCGUGCUGCUUGUCUUCAGCAUCUCGCUGUGGAUCAUAGCGGCCUGGACCGUCCGCGUCUGCGAAAGGUACCAUGACCAGCAGGACGUAACUAGUAACUUUCUGGGUGCCAUGUGGCUCAUCUCCAUCACAUUCCUUUCCAUUGGUUAUGGGGACAUGGUGCCCCACACAUACUGUGGGAAAGGUGUCUGUCUUCUCACUGGCAUCAUGGGUGCGGGCUGCACUGCCCUCGUGGUGGCCGUGGUGGCCCGAAAGCUGGAACUCACCAAAGCGGAGAAGCACGUUCACAAUUUCAUGAUGGACACUCAGCUCACCAAACGGAUCAAGAACGCUGCGGCCAAUGUCCUUCGGGAAACGUGGCUCAUCUACAAACACACGAAGCUACUAAAGAAGACCGACCACGCCAAAGUCAGAAAGCACCAGAGGAAGUUCCUCCAAGCUAUCCACCAACUGAGGAGUGUCAAGAUGGAGCAGAGGAAGCUAAGCGACCAAGCCAACACCCUGGUGGACCUUUCCAAGAUGCAGAAUGUCAUGUAUGACUUAAUCACAGAACUCAACGAUCGGAGCGAGGACCUGGAGAAGCAGAUCGGCGGCCUGGAGUCUAAGCUGGAGCACGUCAGCGCCAGCCUGAACUCCCUGCCUCUGCUGCUGGUGGACACCCUACGCCAGCAGCAGCAGCAGCUCCUGUCCGCCAUCGCCGAGGCCCGCGGCGUCAGCACGGCCAUGGGCAACACCCGCACCCCACUCUCCGACAGCCCGAUCGGGGUCAGCUCCACCUCCUUCCCGACCCCAUACACAAGCUCAAGCAGUUGCUAAAGAAACCUCCCCACUGCAGAAGCAUCGCCCAUAGGUCUUAAGAUGCAAAGCAACUCUCUCCUGGUCACGUUGCCAUCAAGAAACAUGGAGAUCAGGGAACGUGAAGAAGCGAGACCGAGCUAACUCACCAACUCGUGCUCACGUGGCGUGCUUGGUUCGAUAUGCCUUGAAACCAGAAAUCUAAUCUCUGUUCAGGUGCCUCUACUUGGGAGCGGGAAGCAGAGAUGACAGGAAGUGACGCCUGUGGCGGGGCCUGGCUGCGGAGUUGGUGGAGAACAAGUCCACACUCAAUCUCAGGUGUUCACAUGGUGGGUGAGGGGUCAGAUGCACUGACAGAGCCAACAGUGAACCGCCCGGGGGGGAGGGUCCCACUGGGGGAGGGGCGUGUCAGGCCCGGGUGGGUGGGCUUCUCACCACCCAGGGCCUGGAGCCCACCUCUCUCUUUUCCUUUCGUCUAAGGAAGCUCCUGGAUGACAAAAGGAAAAGAGAGUUGCCCACAACUUGCCAAAACAGACAUUCUUUCCUGCUAUACCUUAUACAACCAUAAAACCCAAUUUAGACCGGUUGGGAGUGGGGAGAGGGGGGACAAGAAAAUAAAAAGCCAGAUUUUUCAUACAAUAUUAAUAUCCAUAUAACCCUGUGUGUUUGCAAGUGUGCACAUGUGCACACACACAUACACACACACAUUCAACCCAGGUCUCUUCUUGUUUGAACUUGACCCAACUAAAAAGGGAGCUGGUACCUUACCCUGCACACGGUAGGCACCCUUUAAUUGUGUGUUGAGGCCGUGGGUGCUUUCAGUUUGGGGAGUUAGCUAGUGUUGGCCGCAUUCUGAGUGUCACGGAAAGCACAGGUCCCUCAACCACAAUGCAGGUUGUUUUGCCCUGGAUGUGCCCCGUGCCCGCUUGGUUUGAGACGAAUGCCAAGCUAAAAUUGUUGGCAUCCUGGAGAAGGAUAGGCAGCCUUCUAAAAAAAAACCAGCUUUGCAGGGUUUUCUUCUUAGACCCAAUGGAGCACGUGACCAGGUGUGUGUAGUGAGGGAAGGGGGACAGGGUCUGUGCACACAGGUGCACAGAGAGGUGCAACUCAAUGACACCUGAGCAAAUAGAACUUGUCCGGGGAUUGGCUCAGCUAGAUUUAUCCAGCCACAGGUUUCCAGGGCCAGAUGUUAGGAGUGCAAAGGGGUCAAGUGCCUGACCUGAGGGCUGCUGAGCUGGAAAGAGAAGUGAUGGUGAGUGGCCCAGGGGGUCCCUUCUACCUGACCAGCCAGAUGAUGGGAAUCAAGGCAGCCUUAGGGAAACUUGCGCGUCAGGAAAGAGGGCACGGGUUUGUCGGCAGCCUGAUCCUACCAUGCCGUGUUCAUCUUGGUGCAAAAACUAUUCUAAUAUAUCUCAAACUCCAAGAGACAUCAGAACCAUCAAGGUCCAGGGUAGUAACAGGCGUUGAGGGCAGAGGGCCUGUGGCUGCAAACUUUUUCUCAUUGCUCCAUCACCUAACCACACCCAACAUUUACGAUGUAAAAGCCACUGUGCUAGUCACCCCUUUCUCAUUCUGAGUUCUUUGAAUUGUGCUCCUGGGAGUUAAAGGACCCUGCAUGGAGUAUUUCAUCUGUUGAGGGUGGAGCACCAGGGUGCUAUGUGUGUAGGGGUGCCCUGGUGGCUUCCCUUUGCACAGGACAUGCCACCAUUCCAAAGACAAUGUUGAGCUGUGAAGAUUUUCCUUCUGCAGCCCUGAGCCUCGUCUUCUAAGGACGAAGGAAUCGGUAAAACGUAGACAACCCCAGAACUAAGGCCAUUCUUUCAAGGAGAUCAGGUCUCCUGCUAAACUUCUUCUUUUAUCUCUUUUUAUUGCUGUGCUGUUCUUCUAAAGGCCUCACCUUUGUUUUGACGACUCCUUUGAAAAUUUUCAUUAGUGGUUUUGCAUACCACAGAGGCUGCACUUGCUGUUGGCUUUUUUUUUUUUUAACUGGUUCUUUUAACUAUUGAUCAGCUGAAAAGUCCCUCUCCUUUUCUAUGCCCCGAGAAUGGUGCUCCUGUUUUCAAUGACAGUCCGGCUGAACCUAGAAACAGAUGAAAUAACCAUGCAGUAUCUUUGUGGCAUCGGUUCCAUUUCACAAAGUGAAGACCACUGACGGGUCAGGCUGAGUGUGCCCAUCCUGAUCAUUUAACCCGUGGCCCUCAGCUAUGAAUUCCUAUUUGCACUUUCCAUUCUGCUGUGACAGCGUGAUUGCCUUUUCAUUUCAAGUAAAUGACAUGAAAUAUUCCACUGCCACUCCCCUGCCCCAAAGUGGGCACAGACUAUCACUGAUCCCUCCCAGUCUGUGGAUAAUUCUUGAACCCGUCGUUAAUGCUGUACCCUUAGGAAAGCCCCAAAGACCAAGCCAGCGACACUAGCAAAGGGAGUGACUGGAGUCGUGUCCAGUAGCCACUGGCAUCCUAGAAACACAUGGGCAUUUGCAGCUCGACUUGACUUAUUGGUAGUGCAAUAGCUAUGUAUGCUUUUGUCCUUGGCUAAAGAAGACUUCAUCUUUCUCCCCCAAAGUGAUCGUAUCUGCAUGUUGAAUAUUGAUCCUGCAAUGGUAACUGGAAGGCUGCUUCUCUGUGCUAGGAAUUCAGCUUUGUGUAAUGGGAAGUUACCCGUUCUGCAAGUACAAUCAACCUUUGAUGACCUAGGUCUCGGUUGCCUGGGGUGUGGCUCACCCAGCUGUCCCUCCGACAGCCUCAGCAUCACAGUCAGAUGGGAGAGGGGCAGGUGGACUCUCGUGCUAUGCCUUCUUGUUCCUUACUUUCAGGUUUGAUGGUGGAGGAGGUUGGAUUAUCUACCCAAGAAAUUGGCUGUGUGUAAACACUAUGAAUUACAAUCACCUCAUUUCAAUCCUGAACUGAUUGAGUUCUGCCCACUCCUGGAAGGCUGACCCAGUGACAGAGCCCCUGCGAUAACCUUUCCGAUAACAUAGUGACAGGUCAAGUACUCUAAUGUUCCCCCAAAACGUCUAGACAGUUGAAUUAACAAUGCAGGGCCACCCCUCAUCGCUUAAGCCAUAUAGCCUCAUGUACUGUAAAGGCAGGUAUGUACUGUGAUACUUUAAGACCACUGAUUUCAGUGGAAGUUCAGGACAUAGCAUCAGUUGGUAAAUUAUACCAGACUAGGGGCUCUCCCCUCCUUAGAUUGAAGUCCAAAUAAAAAAUCACUCUUGGCUUGAAGGCCACAUAUGUGUGAUCAUUGUGAAUAAGUUGUCAUAAAGUAUCUAUGGACUGCUCUUGCCAUCCUCAUAAUAUGUAACUUCACGAAUUCAUUGUCUCUAGAAAUGCUUAAUAGAACCCAAAAGAACAAGAGGGGAAAGGCCCCGAGUCACCACUACCAUCUGACCUUAGCAGGGACCAGUGGUGGAACAAUAAUCUCGUAACUUAGGAGCUGCGGAAAAAUGCAUGUCCCAGUAAAUCCUAAAGUGCUGAGUGAGUGCAAGCCAUUGUCACUUAUUUAAGGACACGAAGGAACAGUGAGGAGGAAAUAAUGAUGUGAGUAUAUUUGAGGAUUCCUCCCUUAGAUUUUCAGUAAUUUCCUUGCGAAUCAGUAAUUGUGGAAAAGACAAAAGCUAGAGAUUCAGAAUCAGAAUAAAUAAAACUGUAACACUGGACCCCCCCACCACCCCCAUCUUUGGCCAAUUAGUAUAACCACCUCAUACCUCAGUUUACCUGUACUUAAGAUGAAGAUAACAGUUAAUAUUCUUAAGUACAAAGUAUUCAAUAGGUUUAGAAAAAUGGAAUCACUGUUGUCAUCAACGGCAACCCAGACCGGCUAUGACUAGCCCACACUUUGGCGUGGCAGCUGGAUGCAAAUCCGUAGUUACCAAAAAGUAAUUGUUAUAUAUCAACCAGGUACUGAGGUGAGCAGGGAGAAAGACGGAAUGAGCACCUCGUUCCAGGACCUCUCUCCUCUUCAGAGCACCCCAAACUGAGAAUCAGUGUUCCAUCCCAGAACAACACUGCAACUGCCAUCACAGCACCACAGCUGACAGCAUGCUCAUUGCGCUACCAGUGGGCUACUCCUCUCUUUACGUUACUGCUUUUCAAUCCUAAACCAUGUCCCCAGUUCUCUACAGCCACCCUACGUCCCAUGUGCUUAGGAUUGAUUAGUGGUGAUUUUGGGGUCCUUGUGGACGCUGCCGUGAUCGGUUUCAGUACCUUAGACAGCUACCCGGUGGUUUCCUGGUAGACCCGGACCGCCCCUCCCUCCUUCUCCCCUCUAUAGUUAGACAGCUGGAGGAUACCCUAGAUAGGGACCCUUUCUUCCCUACUGCCGCCAAAGUAACCCUGUGGGGACCACCGAUACCACUGAAAAGGUGUGCUAUGGGGAAAGCAGUGUUAACUGCCUCCACUGUAGACAUAGGUGAGUGGCCUUCAUCCCGAAGCUUGUACCAGGCUGCAUGAAUAGAAAUUAACGCAAAUGCCUCCCAGACAAGUAAUAUGUAGAUUUUUUUUUUACUGACCUAGACCGAAGCUUAGUAGAAAGUACUCAGUGCAAUGGCAUAUACAUAUAUACAGAUUGAGAAAAAUAUAACUGUGAUCUUUUUUUCUUACACCAUUACUGGAAGCACCCCUUCUCCCCCCAACCUGAACUGGAGUUCCCUCUGAACAAAACCAUUGUUAAAUCUUCAACGUAUGACCUCCAAUCUAGGUGCCAAGUGCCCUGCGACACUUGUUUACACACCUGAGAAAUGCAUUCUGGAAGCUGUCAUCUUACGCCGGGACCAUGGCUGGGACCAUGUGCGGAAAUAAACGAGAGACGUGGUGACCGACCAAGCUGGUGGAGGAAAAGCACAAAAUUCAACACCAACCUGAAGUUAGGAUCCCAAAGAGAUGCUGAAUUUAUAGCCAAAAAAUUUUUUUUAAAUCAGUGACAAAUCAAAUAGGAAUCUGAUUGGAACAGCCAAUAUCCAGAUUCUCAGAAGAACAGGAAAUAAAGGACAUCCUCUAACUGUGUCACAUUGUUGCAGUUUUUGAAUCUCAACCAGGACCGGUCCACCUUCAUCAGACACAUGUUUUAAGGGCACAGCGACUCAGUUUUGGUCCCAGCUUCUCAUUCUGCGCUGACCACAAGCGAACACCGAAAGAGAGUGACAGGAUGUCGAUGGAGGAAACGCUUUCAUGGCAAACUCAGAAACUGACGUGUUUAUAUUCAGAAUCAGAUGAGCUUCAACACGAAUUUGCAUCUUGCCUCUGUACUGCUUGCUACUUUUUAAUGAUAGGAGAAAGCAUAACAGUUUAUUUUAAAUAUGAAAUAUAUUGCUAUAUUACAAAAUAUAUUGUAACUACUUUCAAUUAACAUUUUGUAUCCAACUAGUCUUUAGCAGGUCCAGUGUCAGCCUGCUCUCUCCAUGACUGUUUCUGAGUACACAUCAGUGCUAGCGACUGCCUGACCCCUAGACUGAGGGUCCUCAGCCGACAGAACUGCCAUAUUCUAAUUCUCCAAGACCUGACUCUUAGAGACAGAAGAGCAUUAUUCCAAGCUUAGAAGAGAACAGUUCUGCCCUAAAUUCUAUCAAGCCAUUCCAGAAGAGAUUUUUAAAAGCCAUCACUCCUUUAGGAGCUGUGCAAAGCCGGUUCAAUAAAAGUACAGGCUCUUUCUAUACAAAUUCAAAGGCCCCGUUACAUAAAUCGUAUGUCUCAAACUAAGCCAACCAGCUUUUCCCUUUGGCAACGUCAGAAUUGGGCUCAAGGAAGAGUCUCGUUCUGCUGUGACACGGAAGACUCCCAAAUCUAGGCCUAUGUGUUUCUAUGUCAGAGUAAAACCUGUAUUGGAAGUCCACCUGCCCCAGGCCUGGUGAGAACCCAGGGUGUGGACGUCCCUGUCUGAGUUGGCUGGACCCUGGAGCGAGUGAGGUCUCCACAAGUUUGUCCCCGACAAGGCAGUAAGGCGGAGCACAGCUCCUAAGGGGGUGGGGGAGGGGAGGGCAGGAUGUGCACAGGAUGACCCCACAGGGAGCCAGGCUUCCUUUUUCUGCUAGUUUACUCUAGCUAGGAGGAAAGACAGAGUUCAGGCAGGUGUUUUCCUUUCUUGGCAAAAUUGUGGACAAUUUACUUAAGCAACUAUGACGUCCAUCGCCCUCCUCCUCUGAUGCAGCAGUUAAGACGUACAAGUCGAAUUUCUCACUUCCCUCCUCUGAGUGACCGAGGAACUAGAUAAAAACAGGAUGUGUUGGUUACGGAACAGGCUUUCUAGAAGCAAUGGGCCUGCCCCCGCGGAGGACCCUGACUUGUACUGGGGACAGUAUCCUACAGGUGCCACCAAGUAGCAUCAAGGUAGGCUUCCCUGAGCAAGCGCGUCUCUCCCCGUCACAGACUGAAAACCCACACAGGUAACUGAGAGUGCCAAACAACAGCUUUGCUCCUGGGAACAAAGCUGGAACCUCCUCAAACUCUCCUGUAGUUGAGCUUAAAUGUAGAUAAGGCUUGGGCUUGGAUGAGAUUUGUCAUCCAUGCCGUCCGUCCGAAGGACAAAUACCUCACUGCCCGGCUCCGUGUGGCCUGCAUGGCCGCUGACACGGAACUCUCACACCCAUUCAUCCUCUUGGAGCUGGACUGUCUCCGUGUCUGCACGGCUCCUCAGUUACAAGUCAUUAGGUGUUAGGCUGAGCUCCAGCCAAGCCAUCAGAACCCCGGGGCACCUGUGCUUUGCAGGCUGCUCCUUCACGGGGUGAUGGAAACCAGCUUCUUCUCAAUUUGAUAAUUGACGGAUGAACGUGCUGGUGGUAAUUGAUUUGUCUCUUUAUAUUUUCUUGCGACUAAAUACAAAGCUGUCUUCUUUGCUUUCCCUUCUAGCACUUCUCAGGCUAAGACUUUUAUAGAGUGAAUAUAUUCUGAUUCCCUCCCCGCCCCCCCCCAAGUCUUUACUUAAUCUAGAUCAAGGAAACCAGUACAAAUUCCUGAUGUGGGGAAAGCAGACAUCUUGACAAUCAUUCGGGCUUAUGGCUACACGCUAACCCUUGCUACUCAAAGUGUGGUCCACAGACCAAACAGCAUUAGCGUCACCUGGGAAAUUGUUAGAAAGGCAGAAUCUCAGGCCCCACACCUGACCUACAUAAUCAAAUUCGGCCUUUUAACAAGAUCCCCCGGUGACCUGUAUACACGUUAAAUAUUGAGAAACACUGGCCUCACCACACUGCUAAGUGGUAACCGACAUCAUUAAUAAUCAGACAAUUAAGCCUUUUCUUCCUGGACCCUCAUUUGCAGCAUUAUUGGAUGAAGUAAAGGUCCCGAGUGAUCAUAAGGGUAAAAACAAAUGCACCUGAAAAUGCCACUCGAAUCUUUUCUCCAGUCUGAUUUUUUUAAAACGCUCCCUUUAUAGCCUUGAAGCACCUCAAAGCUCCUUAGGUUUCUCAUUUCAGUCAGUGCUGGCAGGGCCAUCAGCCUAUCAGGUGGCCCCUCAGGGCAGGUCCCUCAGAAAGCCACCUGGAUGUCUGUCUGCUCAGCAUAGUAUAGAAAUAGCGCCCCUUCCGUGGGAAACUCAGCAUCCCACGGGUGGGAACGCUCCUCCCUAGAGGAAAAUAGCAGAAGAGUGCGCUCAACCAUCUAGAAACAUCCAUAACCUCGUCUUAACACCGAUACUCUUAUUCGUUACACCAACCGGAGACACUCCGAGGCGGGCAAGGAAAAGAUGUGAACUGUGAUACUGAUGCCAUAAAUCGAUAUGUACCCAGAAACAGUUAUGUCCUAAAUUAAUGGCUUUAACCUGUUCAUUGUAAAAAGUGCCUUGGACUUCAAUCUAAAGAGGUCAGUAUAAAUAUAUGUGUGUGUGUGACGUAUGUAGGCAAAUAUUUACAUAUUUAUACAUAGGUGCACACACAUACCUGCACAUUCAUAUAUAAUAUAUACAUACAUAUAUAAACGCUUCAUAGUAUAUUAUAUUGCUAUCUGCAGCUCCAUUUCUCUCGUCUGGUCCUAUGUUUAUUUGUUUAGUGAGACCUUUACAUAGAGAGGUUCUAUUCAGGACAUUGAUGUUAUUUUUUUGUUUGUUUUUUACUUUUUAUUAAAAAGGUAAAGGAUAUUAAAAAAAAAAAAAAGUCAAGUGCCUGAAGGUUUUGAAUGGUGAGACACUUUUUCUUUUUUUUUUUGAGUUGUGGUACACUUUCUCAGGUCACCAAAGAGGAAACUGCUUUUUUUUCCUUUGGAAAACAUUUUUCUGUUUCAGCAACUUGGCUUUCCCUCGGCGGGAGUGGGGACAGUGAUUUGCUAAUUCCAUUAUAAUCCAUUUUUGUGGCCCCCAUAAUGCAACAGCAGAGAUCUGGUUCAGCCAAUCUAGUGACCAGUUCUCUUCAUACAUGACGCAGGGCCUGGCCUUUACACGCCGUGCUUGGUUUUGGUGGCAAGAGGCAGGCUGAAUUCAAGGGGAUAGGGCUUAGAUCCGCCCUAACCACACAGAAGGAAAGGUGGGAAGUCCUCUUCCCUGAACCAGACGGAAACCUGUCUCAGAAGGCUGGCUGGGGGGCCUAGGGAACUGUCUACAAUAAUCCCAUCACCUGCUGUUAUCAAUCGCCCUCUCUACCUUAGCCAAAGGGCUUCUCUUUCUCCCCUGCAGCUCGUAAGGGACCAACCUCUCUGGCUAGCAGCCCCCACGGCUCCAAGAACAGUUGCCAAGUUCACGGCACUCUGCUUGUGAGCUCAAAGAGGCAUGUUGCCUCUUUAAACCAACUGUCACUCCUCUCAGGCUCCCUGCCCAAGUGGUGACACCCACACGACAGCCAGGGCCGGGCCAGAGGGGUAGUGCUCCGGAGUUCACGGUGUCAAUCAGAAGAGACACUGCACACUGUCAGAGGGGACCUAAAGGACGCCAGGUCCCUCCAGCUGUCCCCACAGCAGCAGCCAUGUUCAGGACCAAGAAGGGCUGGAGCCAGGGGAAGGGACACCCAGUUCCCCAAACUGAAAACCCCAGGCCCUCACCUUUCCCCAAGAAUUUGCCUGUAGCUGUAGACAAAAAAAAAAUAAUGUGAAGAAUAAUGUAACUUAGGUGCUUUCGGAAACAGUAGCUACUAUUUUGGGACUUGUUCUAAAUUAGCAAGACCUGAAAAAAAUAUUUUCAAAAAUAUAUCUAGUUACAUUUCUGCUGCUGUCCAUUCCUCCGAGCUCUCUUCCAAAAGUUCCUUAUGAAUGGGUACACUCACCAACUCAGUCAUCACUCAAUAAUAACACUUUGUACUAACAAACAAUACCUUUCAUCCAGGGACCUCAGCUACCAGUAAGUUAGUUGUCACCCUGGGAAGGGGGCGAUGGGGGUGACAAUAUCAUUCCCAUUAUUCAAACAGGAAAAUUGAGCUGGAGAAAACCCAGCAGUGAGUGACUCGCCUCAGUCAGGAGUUAAACUGAAAAACCAGCCUAGGAUUUCUCCGUGCCUUUUGGGAGUCCGAGGUGGCUCAAACUCUAUUGCUGGCCACCUUUGAAUAAGACCGAGAAUGUGUGUUGACCACGUGUGGUCGGGCCCCAGGUUUGGGGUGUUUGGGAUGUGGGUGGUGGGCUGGCCUGCAGGUUUGGAGGUCUGGGUGGCAGCUUCUCUGUGCUAAGGGUGGGAGUGUGCCCUCGAGGGCGGGCUGAGCCUGCGGCCUUCGCCACUUCCUCUAGAAUUGCGGCUGAAGAGAAAGGGCAUUUUAAACAUGUUCUAGCAAAUGCUGAUACGAUAUGAUGGCAUUAAAUAAAAACAAGAAGGGAACUGACUCUAACCAAAAGCUAAAAAUGCAAGCGGCUGGUUUCCUUUAAUUUGAUCUUUUUUCCUUCCCUAUGUCUGCAGUUGUGAAAACAGGAGUUUUUCUUAAGGAGGAAAUCUUAAUUUAGACUGGAAAUUGAGGCCCCAGGGGAAAGUCACCUCUUUGAGCAAGGCCAGGAUUA